AUGGAACUGUUUUCACACUGCAGAGAUCCAUGGAAAGGUUUCUUUUGUUAUGCUCAGGGCUUCACCACGCAUUUCUUCUGUGCUGCUUCCUUCCUCUGGGCAACAACUACGGCAUUCACUCUUCAUCGUACUGUUGUUAGACACAAAACCGAUGUUGAAGAUAUGGAGGCAAUUUUUCAGUUGUAUGUUUGGGGAACUUCACUCCUUAUGACUGUCAUUCGUUCUAUAGGUAAUGACCACACACAUUUUGGUGCAUGGUGUUGGGGACAAACAGGUCGCACUGGAAAGGCAGUUCACUUUAUAACAUUUUACGUCCCACUAUGGGGUGCAAUUCUUUACAAUGGUUUUACAUACUUUCAAGUGAUACGCAUGCUGAACAAUGCCACUCGUAUGGCAGUUGGCAUGUCAGAUCGUGCAUACCCGUUUGAUUCGAGGACAGACACAAAGGCUCUGAACCGGUGGGGUUACUAUCCACUAAUCCUGAUUGGAUCAUGGGCAUUUGGCUCAAUCAAUCGCAUCCACGAUUUUAUUGAGCCAGGCCACAAGAUCUUUUGGCUCUCAUUUCUUGAUGUUGGGACUGCUGGACUUAUGGGCCUUUUCAACUCAAUAGCUUAUGGUUUGAAUGCUUCAGUCAGGCGAGCAAUUUAUGAAAGACUGGAACUGUUUUGGCCAGAGAGGCUCCAAAGAUGGUUCCCUAACAGUUCAAGACAUAGAAACCAACAGCAACAGAGUGAAUUGGUUGCCCUCAAAAUUCAGGACCAACCGUAGCUAGCAGUUGGACAUUUUCCAUACUGAAACUUAACUCUGUUGAUAGCUUUUUCGAUUUUUGUUGAUAUUCUUUGUGUAAAUUGUUGGGAGACAAACUUUGAAAUGAUGAGACAAUUGAAGCUGGCAUCCAAGAGAAAUCGA